AUGGCAUUUACUUCAACCGACGCUCAAGUUGCCAUGGACGUUAUCGGCGCUAUGGCCAAUUGCCUCCCGUUUGCCGAAAAAGCGGUAGCUCUGUUCAAUGAAGUCAUAAAAAUGGCAAAAGCCGCCAAAGAAUAUAAAUCCCUAUGGUUGGUGAUGGCUGGCAAACUAGAAAGACUGAAAGAAACCUUGGAGCGUCACAAUCCUGAUACAUCUAGCCCUAUUUACCAAAAUUUUGUAACCAUCCUGGAAGAAUUCCAAAAAGUCUUGAAGAAAAAUAAAAUACAGGGAAAAAAUCGACCCUGGGCCAAGUUUAACUUUGAUGUCAACCUUCAAAUUCAUACAAUAGUCAAAACCACGGCUGCUGAUGUUUCUAUUAUAGAUGCUAAAAUUCAAAACAUUAUUGAUGUUAAAAAGACAAGUAUAAGAGAAUUAGAAACAAAGUUAAAGUUAGGAAAUCCAGAGAAUUUUAAAGCGCCGAGACCUGCGGUCAAGCGUGGGAGCAAUGACCAGGUAGUAAAAAAGAUUUAUAUAUCACAACAAGUGGCUAUGAGAGAUUACGGAUUGAACGAUUCACUUAAAGACGAGAUGAGGAGUAAGCUUCUAAAACACAUUGCUGUGGUUAAGGAACUUGGCCGGCAUCCGAAUAUCAUCUCAACUUUAGGUUAUACGAUACAAAAUGGACACUUAUAUUUGGUCUCCGAAUGGUGUGAAUUUGACAAUCUUCAGAUAUUUUUACACAACAGAAAAGAUCUCGAUUGGAAUGUAAAAUUAAAGAUCGCCACGGAGCUUGCUGGAGCCAUGGUAUACUUCCAUGCACACGAAUUUUUACAUCGGAAUCUCCGGAGUGAUGUGGUUCUGCUUGAUGGAUCACUUACGCCAAAACUAGCCGGAUUUAUGGAUAGUCGUAAUGUAGCGGACAAGUCCACUAAGCUCGUCUUUGAAGGAAUUAGGUGGAGAGCACCAGAGAAACUCACAAAAAGCAGUAGUGACGACGAGGAAGAAUGGUGGGCAACUACAUCUAGCUAUACUAUCAAAGCAGACGUUUUUAGCUUUUCGAUGCUUCUCUGGGAACUGGCAUCGCAUGAAGUACCCUACGCGGGAAUUGAAGAUUCGGUGGAUAUAUGCAACAAGAUUCUGGAUGGUGAACGUCCUUCUCUCACCGAUAUCGACAUACCAGCAAAAUACAAGGAUAUAAUAACUAGAGGAUGGGCUAAUGAAGCGGACGAUCGACCAGACAUGAGGGAAAUAUACGAAGUUUUAAACCGACUUUUCAAUGGUACAGAUCCACUAUGGGAAGACGAUUACUUUCAAAUUCGCCCGCACCAUAUACCUGUGAUAAAAACUCCCGAUGACAGCAACACAUCGAACGACAAUGCCGAUAGCGGCUCCGACUCCGACGCUGCAUCAGUCACGGGCAUUAAACCCGGCAACGUUUCCAGAUCUCGUGCUUCGAGCUUUGAAAGAUCCAGGCUUUCCAUCUGUACAUCAACGCCUGCGUCGGCUACGUCAUCUGCUUUUCCGACACCAACAGGAUCAGUGUUCAACCUCGCUUUAGAAUCGUCUGCGGAGGAUGAUGCAGGUGAUAGGAAAGAAUCGUCUGAAGACGACAAAGUUACUCGUAAAGAGAUUUUAGAGAACGGCCGAGCGCUUCAUAAGGAUGGCAAAUAUCAAGAGGCAUUCGAUCAAUUCAAAACGGUUGCGGAAUUGGGUGAACCACUCGGCCAUUAUUUUGUGGGUCUCUACCUUGUCAGCGAUAAGUACGGUUGUAAAGAUAUAGAAGCUUCGUUUGUUCAUCUUGCCAAGGCUACAGAAGGUCACGUGGCAAAAGCUGGGUAUUUAUACGCGACACACUGGCAGAAGCUCCAUAAAAGGCUUGAUAAAACUGCAAUGAAAUACCUUAAAAUGUCCUCUGAUGCCGGAUGUAAGGAAGCAAUGUUACUUUACGGAAAACUAUUGGUUGAUGGGAGAUGUGGAUUAAAGAAAGAUGUUGCUGGAGCGGAAGAACUUUUCAAUAAGGCGAAGCUUAUUGAGGGGGAGGUUAAUGUGAAGCAGGAGAAAGCGUUACUCGAAGCUAUUGAAAAAAGCAAACAGCAAUCAGUUAAUUGA